AUGUCCCUGUCAGACCGGUACAAGCUGAUCUUCUUCGUCCCGCACCCAGACCUAGAGAAAUGCAAAGAAGCAAUCUUCGCGACGGGCGCAGGAACCUUCCCUGGCGGCAAAUACAGCAAGACAUGUUUCCAGACCCCCGGGAGGGGUCAGUUCUUGCCAACAGGAGAGGCGAACCCGGCCAUCGGAGCGGUGGGAGUGCUGGAACACGUCGAGGAGAUGAAGGUCGAGGUGCUUUGUGUAGGGAGGGGGGUGAUGCUCGCUGCUGUUGAGGCACUGAAGGAGGCUCACCCGUACGAAGAGGUGGCGUAUGAAGUGUAUAGACUGGAGGAUGUGUAG